AUGGAGCCGCGGAGAGGGAGGAGGAUGCUGAGGGGUCAGCUCGCUGCUCUCCUCCUCUUCCUCGCCUCGGCCUGGUUCUGGGUCCCGGUAGAAGCUCGGAGACCCCCCAGGCCCCCUCCUUGCCCUCCGAGCUGCUCCUGCACCCGGGACACAGCUUUCUGCGUGGAUUCCAAGGCCGUGCCCAAGAACCUGCCCCCCGAAAUCAUCUCCCUGACGAUGGUGAACGCGGCUUUCACCGAGAUCCGGGAGGCUGCCUUCGCACACAUCCCCUCCCUCCAGUUCCUCCUCCUCAAUUCCAACAAGUUCACCCUGAUUGGGGACAACGCCUUCGCUGGGCUGUCACACCUCCAGUACCUGUUCAUCGAGAACAAUGACAUCCAAGCUCUCUCCAAGGGCACUUUCCGUGGGCUCAAGUCCCUGACCCACCUGUCCUUGGCCAACAACAACCUGCAGACACUGCCCCGGGACCUCUUCAAGCCACUGGACAUCCUGAGUGACCUGGACCUCCGGGGCAACACCCUGUCCUGUGACUGCAAGAUCAAGUGGUUGGUGGAGUGGUUGGAAAACACCAACACCACAGUCCCUGCCACCUUCUGCAGCAGCCCCGGGCACUUUGAGGGACAAAGGAUCCGGGAUUUGGCACUUGGGGACUUCCAGUGCAUCACCACGGAUUUCGUGGUCCACCAGGUGCUGCCCUUCCAGGCUGUCUCAGCAGAACCUUUUACCUAUGCCAGUGACCUCUACGUGGCCCUGGCCCAGCCUGGUGCCAGCAGCUGUGCCAUCCUCAAGUGGGACUACGUGGAACGCAAGCUCAGGGACUUCGACCACAUCCCUGCUCACUCCGCAGUGCACUGCAAGCCCAUCGUGGCUCAGGACCAGCUCUACGUGGUGGUUGCCCAGCUUUUUGGGGGCUCCUACAUCUACCGCUGGGACACGGCCGUGGACAAAUUCAUCAAGAUCCAGGACAUCGACAGCCAGAAAACCCGCAAGCCCAACGACAUCGAGGCCUUCCAGAUCGAGGGCCACUGGUAUUUUGUCAUUGCUGACAGCUCCAAGGCCGGUUCCACCAGUCUCUACCACCUCAACCAGAAUGGUUUUUACUCCCACCAAGCCCUCCACGCCUGGCACCGCGACACCGACGUGGAAUACGUGGAAAACGAGGGGAAACCCCGGCUGAUCAUCUCCAGCAGCUCCCAAGCUCCCGUCAUCUACCAGUGGAAUAAGAGCCAGAAGCAAUUUGCCCUCCAAGGGGAGGUGGGGGAGAUGCUGGACGUGCAGAUGGUGAAGCAUUUCCAGGUGAAAAAGGAACAUUUCCUCUGCCUCAGCCGCUACAUCGGAGAUUCCAAGGUGGUGAGGUGGGAAGGGCAGCGGUUCCUGGAGCUCCAAACCCUCCCAUCCCGGGGUUCCAUGGUGAUGCAGCCCUUCCUGGUGGGACAAAAGCAGUACCUGGCCUUGGGCAGUGAUUUCUCCUUCACCCACCUCUACCUGUGGGAAGAGGAGAAGCAGAAAUUCCUCAAGUUUCAGGAGCUUUCCGUCCAAGCCCCUCGGGCGUUCCGGUUCGUUCCCGCUUCCGACGUCCAACUCCUCCUGGCUCCCAGUUUCAAGGCCAACACUUUGGUCUACAGGCACGUGGUGGUGGAUCUCAGCCUCUAG